GAGCAGGAGAUGGACGCUCCGCGGAGCCCCCCGCAGCUGGACCGGGACCUGCUGGAGUCCCCCGAGGGCUGCCCGUCCCCGCUGGAGCUCAAGUCCGCCCCCAGCAAGAAGAUGUGGGUCAAGCUGCGGGCGCUGCUGAGGUACAUGGUGAAGCAGCUGGAGAAUGGCGAGGUGAACAUCGUGGAACUGAAGAAGAACCUGGAGUACACAGCUUCACUGCUAGAGGCUGUCUACAUUGAUGAGACCAGGCAAAUCCUGGACACAGAGGAUGAGCUGCAGGAGAUCAAGUCGGAUGCAGUGCCGUCGGAGGUGCGGGACUGGCUGGCCUCCACCUUCACCCAACAGACCCGCGCUAAGGGCCGGCGCUCCGAGGAGAAACCCAAGUUCCGCAGCAUCGUCCACGCCGUUCAGGCCGGCAUCUUCGUCGAGAGGAUGUUCCGCCGGACGUACACAGCUGUGGGGCCUAACUACUCCACCUCUGUCAUCAACUGCCUGAAGACCCUGGACCUGUGGUGCUUCGAUGUGUUUGCGCUGAACAGAGUGACGGAGGACCACGCCCUGCGCACCAUUGUCUUUGAGCUGCUCACCAGACACAACCUCAACAGCCGCUUCAAGAUUCCCACUGUGUUUUUAAUGACCUUACUGGAUGCACUGGAGGCUGGCUAUGGGAAAUACAAGAACCCCUACCACAAUCAGAUCCACGCGGCUGACGUGACCCAGACUGUGCACUGCUUCCUGCUGCGCACUGGCAUGGUGCACUGUCUGACGGAGAUUGAGGUCCUGGCCAUCAUCUUCGCAGCUGCCAUCCACGACUAUGAGCACACGGGCACCACUAAUAGCUUCCACAUUCAGACCAAGUCUGACUGUGCCAUCCUGUACAACGACCGCUCGGUCCUGGAGAACCACCACAUCAGCGCUGUCUUCCGCAUGAUGCAGGAGGACGAGAUGAACAUCUUCAUCAAUCUGGCCAAGGAUGAGUUUGGGGAGCUGCGGUCCCUGGUGAUUGAGAUGGUCCUGGCCACAGACAUGUCCUGUCACUUCCAGCAGGUCAAGUCCAUGAAAACCUCCCUCCAGCAGCUGGAGAGGAUCGAUAAAUCGAAAGCGCUGUCGCUGCUGCUGCAUGCAGCCGACAUCAGCCACCCCACCAAGCAAUGGAGCGUCCACAGCCGCUGGACCAAGGCUCUGAUGGAGGAGUUCUUCAGACAGGGGGACAAGGAGGCUGAGCUGGGCCUGCCCUUCUCUCCGCUCUGUGAUCGCAAGUCCACGCUGGUGGCCCAGUCCCAGAUCGGUUUCAUUGAUUUCAUCGUGGAGCCCACUUUCUCGGUGCUGACGGACGUGGCGGAGAAGAUCGUCCUCCCGCUGGUGGAGGAAGACUCCAAGUCUAAGUCCUCCUCCAGCCAGCAGAGCAGUUCCCAAUGGAAGCAGCCGUCCCUGGACGAGCAUUCAGAGCUGGGCGACAUCAACGCUGACAUCACCAGCUUCCGCUCCACGUGGACCAAGUACAUCCAGGAGAACAAGCAGAAGUGGAAGGAGCGAGCAGCCAGCGGGAUCACUAACCAGACAUCCAUUGAUGAGCUGUCACCGUGCGAGGAGGAGCCACAUGUGCCCGAAAACCAGCACAAUCAGAACGGCGAUGUGGAAUAG